GAUCAACUUGCUGUCGGGUGUGGGCUGCGGGUCAGUUUCCCCCAUGCAGGUCAUCCCGGAGGUGGUACCCCCCCAGGGCCCCAUGCAGCUGACCGUGCCUCAGAUCUAUCGCAUGCCGAGCCCCUCGUGUGACACCCAGCUGGAGGAGCUUAGAACACAAAAAUCUCAGGUGACGUUUGCGUGCUGCACUGCUGAAUAUUUACAUUAUUAUGUGAUGAGCAUUUCAAAAUUUUACAAGUGUUUUUUAAUUCAAAUUUUGUGUACGUCUUUUGAUUUUGUUUUUGAUACUGAAACAAUUUUUGUAGAAACUUGAAUAUCUUGACAGCUGGUUGUGCUGACUUGUGAUCCAGGCAAAUAUUCUUUAUAUGUCUGGCAAGGGAAGUGGAACUUUAUGAUCGUUUUAGUUUCAGAACAAGACAUGUGUUGCAUGCUGUCAUGUUAAAAGCUUUUAGAAUUCAUUGCAGAUAUUUUAUAGUAAAAUUACUUUGAUUUUAUCACUCUUUGAAAGUAUUUAGAGUAACACUGCUUUUUUUAAAUUGGAUUUUGUGGGGCUUUGAUUAUCCUAAUUCUGUUAUUGUCGGUAUACCCCUGGUGGCAAUUACUGGUAGAGUUAAUUUAUGUUUUUAAUUGAAUUUCUACUGCAAAUGUUUUAUUUAUGUUUGAGCUUAAAUUGUUAAGCAAAUGUGGCGGGAUUUUAUUGUACUUUAUGUAUUCCAUUUUCAUAUAAAACAUUGAAUACAUAAUAUAUAUAUAUCUAGUGUCAUUAGAAGUACCUAAAUUGUCUUUUCUCAGUUACUUUUUAAAAACUUGUCCACAUUAAAAAAUUUAAACAUUAGUGUUAAAUAGAUAUAUCUUUGACAAUUCAGGUUCACAGGAGAUCAGAAGGUUGUCUUGACUUGUCAGCUGUUGGACGUAACAUGUGGCCCCAGCAAAACCAACAUCACCACCGUGCCAGCCUCCCGUCCGUUCAGAUCUUCUCCGCAUCAGGCCACAGGUCUGGUUUUGAGACACCUUCCCCUGUACCUUCCUACAUUCGAGACUCGCCUUCCCCAAACUACGUGCCCGCCCGUGACCCGCCGAGCCCUGGGUACUUUCACGGUGACCCCCCUUCGCCCUUCCGCUCUCAGUGUGGCAGCACGUUGGGUGUUGGCGUGAGAGGUGCUCAGCCCAAUAUGCUGUCCCCGCUCCAGUGGGCCACGGGGCCAGGCUGUAUGAGUGGUAGAAUGAGUGGCUACGACACUAGCAUCAAUCAGCAUGGGACAUGGCCUGCAUAUGGAGGAGUCUCGCCACUGUCCACUGGGUAAGUGUGAAGUUUUUAACAGCACAGUUGUUUCACCCAGGAUGGUGCUACAAUUCUCACUGGUGCUGUGCUUUGUUUCAUCAAGUAAGUGCUCUAAUUAUCAUUAGUGCAGCACUUGCUUUCAGCAAAAUAGAUGCUCCAUUUGUCAUUUUCUCUCUGUUUCAGCCAGGUAAGUAUAAAAAUGUUAUUGAUACAAUGGUCUUUCAGCAGCUAGAUGCUAAAAUUCUCACUAGUACAGUGCUAUGUUUUACCCGGAAUUAUGUUAGAACAGUUACAAUGCUAUUGUUCAGCUGGUUGGUGUUAAAACUGGCACAUCAGUACAUCACCAUGCUCAUAGAUCCCAAUAACCAACAUCAUUUUUUUGCGUCCAACAUUUGAUGCAAGUUUGAUGUAUUAGCUUGAUGCAUCUUUCAACUAAUAGUUCUAUCUCCCCUUCCCCCCCCNACCAUCCAGUACUGCUGAAACCUCCAGCUGGGCUGCUGUCCAAGACUGCAGUGACGUCAGUGAUGACUCAUCUACAGAGGACCAGUUUUUUGCUGUUGGAAAAGAUUUGUCUCAUAUGAUUGGCUCCAAGUAGGUACCUCAUUGAAUAAAAUACACAUUCAUAGGUUAUUAAAUAAAUCUACUCAGAAUUAACCCAAACUAAAAAAAAAACAAAAAAAAUUUUUUCAAUUUAAAUGGAGGAUGGAUAGAGGUUCAUGGUGCAAUUAACAUAUCCCCAGUCUAACUGCUGUAUUCUGGAAAAUAUAGUUUUCAGAAUUUGUUGUUUGAUUACAUAGUUUAGUAAGUGGUUUAUUUUGUCUCUUUGUCAACAUAGAAAAUUAUGUUCCCCUGGAAGAAAAUUUAAGGAAAUACCUCGAUUCAGACUGUAAGGGGGUGCCAUAAGUUCAGGUUUUUUUGUUUUUUUCAAAGUUUAAAUUAUUUGAUUGUGUUUGCUGUCUAAGGCAAGGGUGGGCAGACUGUGGCCUGUGGCCCACCUCAUGCAGCAUGCUGAGAAGGGGAUUAAUAUUUUCAUAAAAUAUUCAAACUGUGAAUGAUUAUCUGUAAAAGCCUGACAAUUAAUAAUCACUGUAAAAAUGGUCAUAAUAAAUUAUAAAUACCGUAAUUAGAGCAAAUCUAAAAAUGAUUCUGUAAUUGAGGGACAAGCAGUUUGAAAACUAGUAUCAGAGAGAAAUAGUAUAAUUUAAACUUUGCUAUCUUUCUCGGUUUUACUCCAGUAACCUUAUUUUUUUGUGUACAUUGUCAGAAAUGGCAGCAGCGAUGAAGACGUCGGAAAUGUACAUCAUGGACCAAAGGUAGGACUAACUUCCAGAUGAGGGCUGGUCAAGUGUUUUGAUGUGGGUUUUGAGGUUUAAUUUGUAGUUCAAAGUAAUUUUGCAUAAAGAGUUGAGUGGUUAGGAAGUUAAAGUACCAUACUAGUAAGUGUUCAUAUUACCAUAUUCUAUGUCAGUUGAUUAUUCUGAUUAUUUUAAUCUGCCUUUACUACAAACAUUUUUUUUUAAAGCACAAAUGUGUGUACAUAUAAAUAUAUGUCUUAAAAAUUAAAACUAAUAUGUCAAGUCAAUAAUCGAACCAUCCAAUAUGUCAAGUCAAUAAUCUAACCAACCAAUAUGUCAAGGCAAUAAAUUGACUGGUUUUUGUGGAAAUAUUUAUCAUUAAGUAGUAAAAAAAAAUACAACAAAUAAUACAAUAUAUUCAUUAUUGACUUGACAUAUUAGUUUUCAUUUUUAAGACAUAUUUGAUAUGAUAAAUACAUGGUUGUCGGUUGUAAAGUUAGUGUUCUGACUUUUCCAACUUCCUUUUAUGACACAACCCACACCGCUACAGAACUCCUGGCCCCCACCGCCCCCUCACAGUUCAACCCUUCUGACAAGGGGUGUGACUCCUGACCUUCUGGAGCCCCCAGAACUGUACAAUGCACACCGGCCUAUACAAAUGCAGUGGAGUGAUCCCUUGUCAUCUAGAUCCAUGUGGGCCAACUCACCACAGGGUAAACAGAUUUUACAGAAGUUAAUGUGCUAGAAACAAGUAGCGUUUUUUUUUGUUUGAAUGUCCUGCGGCUCCGAUGGGCUAAAAAUAUAUGGCAACUUGUUCUUUUAGUCUGUUAUUUAAAUAUUGAAUUCACUCAACAUAUUUCUAAUUUUUUUGUCAAGCUCUAUCUGUCUUUCAUCUUAUUAAUUCUUUUUAAAAAUAAGUUUUCAUGUUGUAGAUGUACUACAUUUGUUUUAUUUUUUUUUUUUUUUUUCAAAUUUAAUUUUUUUUUUUUUUUUUUUUUUUUUUUUUUUUUUUUAAUUUUUUUUUAAAAUAUUUUUUUUUUUUUUAUUUUUUUUUUUUUUUUUUUUUUUUUUUUUUUUUUUCAAAUUUAAUUUUUUUUUUUUUACUUACUGCAUCUACGUAGUAACUUUGAUAAAUGUGCUACUGAUAUUGUAAUGUGUGAACUUUCACAGAUAUAAAUCAACACAAAACAUCACAGAGUAUGCAAGGAUUUGGCGGGGUGCAGUAGGCGAGCUGACUCAGACAGUCUAAGUAAUGUCUAACCUUGAGGCUUGUGGCCUUAAAAUUAAUGAAGCUUUUCACCUUUGGAAACCACAUUGUUUUUCACUGUUGUUGUUCUCCUCUCAUUUUUUUCCCCUAUUUCAUGCCAAAAAAUUAUGCUAUUUAUUGUACUUGGUCAAAGACCUAAGAACUUAGUUACAAUUCCAAGUAUUCACAAGUGAAGCUGCAGUUGAAAACUGUCUUCAUAUUCUGAGUCAUCAUUAAGCAAGCCAACAAGCCAAAUGCUUCAGUUAUUAAAGGAAUGUGUGGGGC